UCUUUUUUCGUUCAAUGAAAGAAGCUGAAUCUUUACACGGUUGAGUUCUGCUACUUGCUAAACAAUGUGUUACUGUAAAAGCUAACUUAGCUAAAUGCUGCCUGUACGUUGUUAACAGAAAGGCCAUGGUAUUGCUGAGUCGCUAAUGAAGUCAGAGAUGUAACGCGUAAAUUCUUUCAGAUUCGUUAUGAGGAAAAAUUAAAGAUUAAGAUGACGCCUCAGAGUGGUUACAGUGUGAUCGCUCAAACAUGUCAAACGUUUUGUUCUUGUGCUUCCAUGUAUGGUCCUUGGAAAACCUUCUAAUGGUUUGUUUUCAGAGGAUAUCAAAGAGUAGGGGAGAAUGUUACCAAGGGUAAACCUGAUAUGCACGAAGCAAUUGAUUGCUACACUGCAAUUAAACCUGGCAAAUAUGGAGAUCUUGCUAAACCAAUGGAAGGAUCUAAUAUAUGGCCUGAAUACCCAUCAAAUUUUGAAGUACUGCUGGAAAAUUAUAUCGACCAUUGCAGACAUCUUUCAAGAAAGAUCAUGCGAGGUAUAGCCUUGGCAUUGGGAGGGACAAUUGAUGCUUUUGAAGGGGAAACAGAAGGAGAUCCUUUCUCGGUUUUAAGGUUGAUUGGUUAUCCGGUUGAUAUUCCAGAAGAGCAGCGCACUGCUACUGGAUGUGGAGCUCAUACAGAUUAUGGUUAGUACAUCUAAUUGAGAAGUUUAACUGGAAGUAGAUUUGCAUGUGUGGAAUUGUGGACUAUGGUAACUCUUGCUUGGUGUAGACCAUUAUAUUCUUGUUAACACUCCAUAUUACAAUUACCUUGCUUCAU